UAAAUAAAUGGCUUUUAAGGCUCGACCUUACUGUCGAUGGAUCGACAGGUAUUUUAUAUAACAGAUAUUCUUGGUAACGUAUAAAAAUUAUCGGAAAUGUAUACAUGGGCAAUAUAUGCAAUUAUAUCAUUUACAAUAUAAAUAAAUAAUAACUAGUCUGGCCAUAAAUACUGUUCCAUAGAAACUUUCCUUUUCAACUUUUUAAUUAUUUUGAAUUUGGAAAAUGUUUAUUAUUUUAAAAAGUUCUUUCGAUUUCGCGCCAUUCCACAAAUUUUUUCGUGUUCAUUAUAAAAUUACAAUAUGGAAUGGGGUGUUAAAGAAAAUAGGAUUGCAGUGAUCGCCUUGCACAAAGUGGGUAUGCUCUAAACGACACGACGACAUUGAGUCUUUUAAAAAAUCUUUGAAGCAAGCUGUGGCGAAAUUUUCCUUGGAAACAGUGCAUAAAUCCAUAGAUUCGUGGCCAGACAGAUUAAAGGCCUAUAUGAAAGCCAAAGGUGGCCAUUUCGAAUAGAAUAUUUGUUUAUUUUUUGCUGAGACUUUAAUAAAAUAUGAAGAAAAUUAUGAAGGAUUUAGCACCUAUAGCCAUUCCCCAUGGGCCACCCGUUGAAUCGGUCGAGGAAUAUUACAAAUCACUGAUGGAGAGCGCGAGUAUGGUCAAAAAGUAUCCAGUAUGGGACGUGGCGCGGCCCACACCUCAAGUAUUGAUGGAGCAGGCUCGCCGUGACCUGAUGGAGGCCGACGAGAUGCUCGCCCUCAAGCGGGAGGAAGAGAAGAAGAACAGAGCAGCAAUGGACGCCAAGUGGGAAGAGCUGCGCACUAAAGAAAUAUUACUCAAGGAGUCUUUCAUUAGUUUCAAUAAGUUCAUCAGAGAAAACCAGGAGAAGCGUGACCGUGCUGAACGCAAAAUGGUGGCAGAUAUGGAGGUGUUGGAACGGAAGACCCGAGAGACGGAGGCGAUGCGCCAGAGAGUCGUCGAGAUGGAGGAAGUGAAGCGGCUGAUGGAGAAACAAGUCAAGGAUUAUACCAUAUACGAGGACUACUUGAUGGCGGUCGUGCAUAAUUAUCCCGAGUUUAAGCAACCUCUGGACGUUUUAAACAGAUAUGAAGCAUUAGCUGCUGCAAAGAACACAUUGGCGGAAAGACAGGAGCGGGACCUAGAAAUGUUAGAGAACGCACGCCAAGAGAUCGCUGCUCUCACCGAAGAGAAGAAGCUAUUCAUCAUGGGCUUAAACAACACGCUUGCCAAUCUGAGGUGGCGCUAUGACAAAGUGAGGAACCGCGUCAUAAAAUGGGAGUUGGCUCUCAACCGCCUCAAAGAGACAGCAGCAAAGAAGCAUGUGGAACUGUGUCACGUCCGCUCGGCCAUCUGGAGCCUCUACACCAAGAUCUGCAAGCAGAAGGGGCUGCCCAUCGACGUGAAGAGCUCCGACUUCGAACAGCAGCUGGUCGUCAUUAUGAGGGCGCUGUUGGAGCUGAGGAGAAUUUACAGGAUCGCUCAGAGAAGAUCCAAGGAGAAGGACGCGGAAUCAAUUCAUACUGCUUAGUAACAUGUUAUUAGAACAUUAUACCAAGGUCAAUAUAUGCAUAACGUCUCAACACUGUGGUACAGAAAUCUGUAAUUCAAGUUUAUAAAAAUAAAGUUUUAAAAUGUAUGAAA